GUACCCAAACGCCCACGAUACCUUGCGUGCGCUUUGUCUUCUGUAGUAAUCACCGUACCUGCUGCCGCCGCCGCAGCUGAUUCUCCCGACCUCAGAUCAAGCAAGCCGACUUGCAUCCACUCCGUAGCCUGCCUCCACUCGCCUUCACUGUGCCCGCCCGCCCGCACGCUCCACCACCGCUGCCACCGCUGCCACCGCCAUCCACCAUCGUCAUACUGUACCGCCGCCGUCCACCUCACCGUCCACUGCUCACCGUCCCCCCGUUCCAGCCCAUCAUCCCGCCUCACCGUCGGCGGCGCUCUUCCGCAGUCCAAACUUCCAUCCCGCCUCUAUUGCCUGCUUGCUGCUGCUUCGCUCGUUUGCUUGCUGCACACCCAGACUCGCUCUCCAGUGACACUGCCGACUCGCAAGACGUUUUCGUCGGAUCCACAUUCAUCCCACAUCCCACAAUCCCGCCGCCGGAAUCAUGGUAGAAGCAGAGGGCAACCCCACGACGUGGAAAUUCACCCAAUGUUUCGGAGACAAAGGCGAUGUCGAAGAUAUAACAGAAGCCGACAUCAUAUCCACUGUUGAGUUUGAUCAAACGGGUAAUUAUCUAGCCACUGGCGACAAGGGUGGUCGUGUGGUUCUUUUUGAGAGGAACGAAACUAAAAAGACAUGCGAAUACAAGUUUCACACAGAGUUUCAGUCACACGAGCCUGAAUUCGAUUACUUGAAGUCCCUCGAGAUCGAAGAAAAGAUCAACAAGAUCAAGUGGUGCCGAAGACAGAAUGCCUCACACUAUCUGCUCUCGACGAAUGACAAGACGAUAAAGUUAUGGAAGGUGUUCGAGAAGUCGUUGAAGGUUGUGGCAGAGAACAAUCUUUCACAUGAGUUGACGCCUGGGGGUGGUGUAGCUGGUGCAGGCGGGCCUGUGAGGAACCCUAACGCACAUUUCCGUACCGCCUCCGACCUGAAACUACCACGCCUGACACACCACGACACAGUCGUUGCCGCUGUACCUCGAAAGACUUACGCGAAUGCACAUGCAUACCACAUCAAUAGCAUAUCGGUCAACAGUGAUGGGGAGACCUUCAUCAGUAGUGAUGAUCUACGAAUCAAUCUCUGGAACCUAAACAUCCAAGACCAAAGUUUCAACAUUGUCGACAUCAAACCAGCAAACAUGGAGGAACUCACUGAAGUCAUCACUGCAGCCGAAUUUCACCCCCAGAGCUGCAACUGGUUCAUGUAUGCGAGCUCAAAAGGCACCAUCAAACUAGCAGAUAUGCGAGAAAGUGCAUUGUGCGAUCAGCAUGCCAAACAAUUUGAACAAGAGGAAGACCCCUCAUCCCGCUCAUUCUUCUCCGAGAUCAUCUCCUCCAUAUCAGACGUUCGGUUUUCACACGAUGGACGUUACAUCCUUUCACGCGACUAUCUGACAGUGAAAAUUUGGGAUGUCAACAUGGAACGGACGCCGAUCAAGACCAUCCCAAUACACGAGCAUUUGCGACCUCGACUAUGCGACACCUAUGAGAACGACAGCAUAUUUGAUAAAUUCGAGGUGGUCUUCUCCGGCGACGCUAAGAACGUCAUGACUGGAAGUUACAACAAUAACUUCAUGAUUUACCCAUCUGACCCAGAAAAAGACACGGAAGUCGUCUUGCAAGCGGACAAAUCGGCUUUCAAAGCGAAGAAGGUCGGCAUUCCUACGCCGAUGAACUCGUCGACGAGUCCAACCAGCGCCUCGGGCAAAAAAGGGGGGUCAAGAGCUAGCAGCCCCGCCGCCAGCGCUGUAGGACAAGGCCAGCGUAUGAGGAAGGAAACAGAUGCCGAUCAGAUCGAUUUCAACAAGAAGAUCUUGCACAUGAGCUGGCAUCCAUUCGAGGACAGCAUUGCGAUUGCUGCCACCAACAACCUCUUCGUUUUCUCUGCCUUGUAG